UUUCGGGGCAAUUUUUGAAGGGUGGGCAGUUGAUUUGACCGACGUCAAAUGGGAGGGGGGAGGGCGUCAAAUGAGAACGCGGGCUGCUGUGUAAAAUUGUAUUGAUUGGAGGGGAACAGAAAACGGACAGAAGUUUGAUCGACGUCUACGUCCACUGGUACAGGAUGAUGUAAAAUGUGUAGUUAUCUAUGUAAUUCUUUGGAAUGCACGAGAGAUCAGGCGCAGUAAUUGUAUUGGUUACGCUCUAUGAAAUUGAUUUAUUUUAAUUCUGAAGUUUAACGAUUACCUAGCUACCUGAAUUGAUUUUAUUUUAUUCUGAAAUGUUAAAUUACAGAGGAGAGGCUUCUCUCCACGGCCCGAGGACAGAACAUGGCGGAACUGUCGGCCAGGAUUUAACGCUAACUAGCAACUAACUAGCUCAAUAAUAUCAACAGUAACACAUAGCUAGCUAGCCAGAUAAUUAUACAUAAUACUUGAAAGUAAAAUUGUCUUCGUAGUUUACACAAAGAAAUCGCGUCUUUGUGAGAAGAAUGAAUUCGACUUAUCCAGUUGACUGUGGAUCCACGUUAAACGUGGCUCGCCUACUAGCUAGUUAGCUUUCGAAAGUGCAUUGAAGUGGCCUGCUAGCGCUAGUUUGGCAGUAUAGUUCACAUAAAACGAGUGUAGCUAUGUGGUGGUACUGCUAGCUAGAUACAUGGGGUUAUAUUUUCUUGGAAAGUGGGUAACUUAACCUAGUUAGCUUGUGGUGAGCUUGGAAAGCGCUGCAAGACUCGGAAGAUAAGAAACUUCGGUAACGUUACAAACCACGAAGUCGAUCUGCACAAUGACAGAUACACGUAAACGAGUGAAGGUUUACACCCUCAAUGAGGACCGACAGUGGGACGAUCGGGGAACGGGGCAUGUCUCAUCCGGUUACGUUGAGAGGCUGAAAGGCAUGUCCUUGCUGGUUCGUGCCGAAAGCGAUGGUUCUCUACUUCUGGAGUCAAAAAUAAACCCCAACACUGCCUACCAGAAACAACAGGACACAUUGAUAGUGUGGUCAGAAGCAGAAAACUACGACUUGGCCCUGAGUUUUCAGGAGAAGGCAGGGUGUGAUGAAAUCUGGGAGAAAAUAUGCCAGGUCCAGGGCAAAGACCCUUCAAUGGAUAUUACCCAGGAUUUGGUGGACGAGUCAGAGGAGGAGCGCUUCGACGACAUGUCAUCCCCGGGCUUCGAGCUGCCGCUGUGUGAGCUGAGCCGACUAGAGGAUGUGGCCGAGCUGGUGGCCUCCUCAUUGCCCUCACCUUUCCGUCGUGAGAAGCUGGCCCUGGCUGUGGAGAACGAGGGCUACAUAAAAAAGCUCCUGGAGCUCUUCCAUGUGUGUGAGGACCUGGAGAACCGAGAGGGCCUCCACCACCUCUAUGAGAUCAUUAAGGGGAUCUUCCUUCUCAACCGAACUACACUCUUUGAGGUCAUGUUCUCAGAGGAGUGCAUCAUGGACGUGAUUGGCUGCCUGGAGUUUGACCCUGCUCUCCCCCAGCCGCGAAGACACAGGGAGUUCCUGACUAAGACUGCCAAGUUCAAGGAGGUCAUCCCCAUUUCAGACCCUGAACUCAAGCAGAAAAUCCACCAGACCUACCGGGUGCAGUACAUUCAGGACAUGGUCCUCCCCACCCCCUCAGUUUUCGAGGAGAAUAUGCUGUCCACUCUCCACUCCUUUAUCUUUUUUAAUAAAGUGGAAAUUGUUGGAAUGUUGCAGGAUGAUGAAAAGUUCCUGACUGACCUUUUUGCACAAUUAACCAAUGAAGCCACCGAUGACUACAAGAGACAUGAGCUGGUAAACUUUCUUAAGGAAUUCUGUGCAUUUUCUCAAACAUUACAACCUCAAAACAGAGACGCUUUCUUCAAAACAUUGUCAAACAUGGGCAUACUACCAGCACUAGAAGUGAUAUUGGGAAUGGAGGAUGUUCAGGUACGCUGUACAGCCACAGACAUCUUCUCCUACCUGGUGGAGUACAACCCUUCCAUGGUGCGGGAGUUUGUGAUGCAGGAAUCCCAGAACGACGAUGACAUCCUUCUGAUCAACCUGAUAAUGGAGCACAUGAUCUGUGACACUGACCCGGAGUUAGGGGGUGCAGUGCAGCUCAUGGGGCUGCUGCGGGCCUUGCUGGACCCUGAGAACAUGCUCGCCACCGCCAAUAAAACUGAAAAAACUGAAUUCCUGAGCUUCUUCUACAAGCACUGCAUGCAUGUGCUGUCUGCUCCACUACUGGCCAAUACCACUGACAAGAAACCUAGCAAAGAUGAUUUCCAGUCAUCACAGCUGCUGGCUCUGAUUCUGGAGCUGCUGACCUUCUGUGUGGAGCACCAUACCUACCACAUAAAAAACUACAUCAUCAACAAGGAUAUCCUCCGCAGGGUCCUUGUGCUCAUGGACUCCCAGCAUGCCUUUCUCACACUCUGUGCACUUCGAUUCAUGAGGAAAAUCAUUGGCCUGAAGGAUGAGUUUUACAACCGCUACAUUAUGAGGAACUUUCUUUUUGAGCCAGUGGUGAAAGCCUUCCUGAACAAUGGUUCGCGCUACAACCUCAUGAACUCUGCCAUAAUCGAGAUGUUUGAGUACAUCAGAGUGGAGGAUGUGAAGUCUCUCACUUCCCAUAUAAUUGAGAACUAUUGGAAAGCACUUGAAGAUGUGGUCUAUGUGCAGACAUUCAAAGGGCUGAAGCUGCGUUAUGAGCAGCAGAGUGAGAGGCAAGACAACCCCAAACUGGACAGCACGCGCUCCACCAUCCGGAACCAUCGGUACCGCCGGGAUGCACGCAAACUGGAGGACGAGGAGGAGAUGUGGUUCAACACAGACAAGGAUGACCUGGAAGAUGGAGAAGCUGUGGUCCCACCUUCUGACAAGAUGAAGAGUGAAGAAGACCUCAUGGACCCCAUCAGCAAGUUUAUGGAGAGAAAGAAAUUGAAAGACUGUGAGGAUAAGGAAGUACUGGGGAAGUCAAACCUGUCUGGUCGCCAGAGCCCCAGUUUCAAACUGUCCUUCUCUAGCACCACCCUGUCCAGCCUCACCAGUCCCACCCCUUCCAGCAACCACCCAGAGUCACCUGGGUCGCCUGGAUCUCCAGGCUCUGCAGAGUCCCCUGGCUCUCCUGGUUCUCGAGCCAAUAAUUCACCCCCUAUGGCAGCUAUCACAACCAAGGGCGGUUUGGUUGGGCUGGUGGACUACCCUGACGACGAUGACGAUGAAGAGGAGGAAGAUGACAUUGAGAAUAAGGAGGAGAGCCCACCCUUGUCAAAGAAGUCCAAGGUGUGCUCCUAAAACAGGCCUUGGAACAGCCCCCCACCCAGCAGGAAUGUGCCACAGGACUGAGGUCUCACAAAACCAUCACAUAAAGCAGUGGGGAGGAAGCACUAGUGUAAUAACACAAUAUAAUUGCAGUCCACAUGUUUUUUUUAUAUCGUGAUGGUGAGGUGUGGGAAGAAAUGGAAUCUGGGGGUCAAACCCAUCUUGUGGAAUUCUUUAGUUCAAAGUGCCAAUCUGAGGAAGAAACAAAGAGUAAAGGAAGACAUUUCACCAUUUUCGAACACUGCAAAGAAACAAAAUGGAAAGAAAAAGCUGAGGGGGAAAAAUGGAACCGGACGCCUGUAACGUGCUGUAGGGUUCGGACCACACUCACUGCCCCCUACUCAGGGAUGGACCACACAGCAACUCAAAAGAGCCUGUGAAUCCAGAAACUCACCCUUCACCGAUUCAACUUUCCCCCCUUUGUUUUCCUCCUCGUCCCCCUUAUUUUUUACUUGGACCAGACUUAGUCAACUGGAAGAAGAUCAAGGCGGUUUUCACUGAUUUUGGAAAUUUGUCACCCCUUCUUGAUUAAAGAUUGACUGGAAUUCUAGAUGCGAUUUUGUCUUAAUUUUAUUUAUCCUUUCAUGAGUGUACACUUGGUGAAGUAUAUUUGAGACCAUUCUGAAAAUAUAUGAUGAUGUAAUAUAAUUUUUACGACUGUG